ACCAGUUCAGUUCGUGCCCGGCCACCGUGCGCGUUGGUCGCUUGAAGUUAGGAGUGUGUUUCUUGCUUUGUUUUACGAAAAAACAACCUUCCAUACCAAAACCAAACCAGUGCCGUGAAUUACUAUUCUUGCAGUGCCCGUGUGAGAUUGUGCUUUAUGUGGUGAUGUUUCACGAUAUGUUAUAGUGGAUUUCUGUGGUGUAGAAUCGGACGGGUUCCGCCUGCCGCCGCCGGACGCCUUUUCUCUUCGAUCUCGGGAUAUCAUUAAGAUGAAUCCACGAGAUGGCAACCAAUGGAUUUGACCUCAGAAACUAAAAACCACAAAAUGGCUUUAGAGCCCUUAGAAAAGGCUGUUUCGACGAAGAGGACGGGCUUAGAGGAUCUGAAAUCUCUGCUAGAGGACAGAGGGGGAGAUGAGACGGACUCUAGUGAGGGACGUGUACAUAGACUUCUUAGUGCGAAAACGAAUAUAAAGUGCUUUAAUAGGUUAAAAACAAUGUUGUUUCUACUUGUGAUGGUUGUUUUCGACGGGAGGAUGCUCGCUGAAGCCAGGAGUUCAGAGCCACGAUAUGAGACAGCGUACGCCUGUGAAGGGAAGACCCUUAAGAUAGGCUGCGGCGAGGGAUCCGUGAUUCAUCUAAUAAGGGCGAACUACGGUCGUUUCUCGAUAACGAUAUGCAAUGACCACGGGAACACCGACUGGAGCGUAAAUUGCAUGUCCACGAGGAGUUUGAGGGUUUUGCAUAGCAAAUGCAGCAUGCACCAGAACUGCAGUAUAUCGGCCAACACGAAUAUAUUUGGUGAUCCGUGUCCUAAUACGUUGAAGUACUUAGAAGCGCAUUAUCAAUGUGUGCCAGCUUCAACAACAAGCACGACCAACAGACCGUCUCCUCCCUGGCUCAUCACGUCUCCUCAAACUGUGUGGAGAUCCACCAUCGCUCCGCUACCGAAGAACCCAGUCCAAACGCAGAAUGAGAGGAAGAAACCAACUGUGAUCACACCGCCCACAUUCAGGCCUCACAUUACUUUACCUCCAGAAGUCAAGUUGGGCGACAUUGGAACCAAGAAGACAACUCUAAGACAACCAGAUACAUCGUCGGAGAAGGAGCCUUCAGUGAGCCCCAAAGACGUCAUUCCUGAAGAGAAAGAUGAAACACCCAAAGAAGUUGAACUAGACCAAAACCAAAGAAACGACAACCCUGCGAUAGAAGAAGAUCCAGAACCAGUAACUGAAGAACCACCUAAAGAAGAUGAUUCCGAUUUGACUGUAUCAGUCAAUUCACCACCAAAAGACAAACAUGAUAUUCUGCAAGAUUUAUUCCCAACGAAAGAAAUAAAAGCAAUCGCCCGCCACGCUUACUGUCCUCAAGUGACAGCUAGAGGCUUACUGUGGAAUUGGACAUUGGCGGAGACUUAUGGGGUGCAGCCGUGUCCUGGCGGAGCCACCGGACUGGCACGAUGGAAAUGCACACUAACACCACAUUACUACGUUGGAGACGAAAAACCGAGAAGACGAACGGGUCUACCCUCAGGAGAGAAUUUCCAUGAUUUAGGUCUAGACCAACCCGUGGACAAGCACUUGCAAUUGGUCCGACGGCUGGGCUCGGAAGUGCUUCUCAAAGGCCGCAAUGGUGACACGCCAGAACUAAUGGUCGAUUAUAGAGGGAGCAGCCUUCCUGAUGCUCAGGCAUCUAGUGACAACUCUCUCAUCAAUGUUGAACAGAUUUACACAGAUUUAGUACCAGAAUGGCAUGGAGCAUCACCAGACCUUAGCGAGUGCAGAUCCGUAUGGCUGAACAAUUUGGAAGCCAGGGUCAGAGAAGGAGAAUCGCUACUUAGCAUCAGCAAUGAUUUGGCACAGGUAACAUCCUCGAAGACCCUCUACGGCGGAGACAUGAUGACAACUACGAGUAUCAUGAAGAAGCUAGCCCAGCGGAUGUCGCAGAACAUACAAAGCUUCCGGGACCCGAGCCAAAGAGAAGCUCUCGUUACCGAUAUGCUGCUUGGAGUUAUUAAAACUGGAUCGAAUCUUCUAGAAGAAAGUCAGCGAGCGUCCUGGGGUGACUUGAGCGUGGAAGGACAGAACCGCGUCGCCAGUGCACUGCUCACGCACUUAGAAGAAAACGCCUUCUUACUAGCAGAUGCCGUUUCAAAAGAGAAAACAAUUUUACAAAUCGUCAAAAACAUAUGCCUCUCCGUGAGAGUUUUGGAAGUGAAAAACGUAGAAGACGAAACAUUCCCAUCUGUGAUAGCCCAAGAACAGUGGAAGGCUUCAGAAGACAUCAUUACGAUACCAAAGGCUGCAUUAUUAGACAACCGGCAAAACGAUCUGGUCAGGAUUGUAUUCUUCGCGUUCGAUCGCCUCGAAGAAAUUCUGCCCCCGACCUUCGGCAAGACCGCCCCCCACUACGCACCCCACCGCUCCGAGGUCGGGGGGGCGCCCGCGUCCUCCACCAGCAUUAACUCCGAGAAGGAAAAGAAAAAUAUCACAAGGCUACUGAAUUCGAAGGUGAUAUCCGCGAGCUUAGGGAACGGCCGCCACAUCCAGCUCUCGCAAAUGGUCAAAGUCACCAUGAAGCAUCUGCAAACGGAGAACGUGACCAAUCCCGCCUGCGUGUUCUGGGAUUAUACUUUGCAUGGCUGGUCCCCUGAAGGUUGUGAGGUGGAGUGGACGAACUCGACUCACACCGGCUGCGCGUGCUCCCACCUCACGAACUUCGCCGUCCUGAUGGACGUUCACGGCGUGGCCCUCAGCGCCGCCCACGAGCUCGCCCUGCAGACCCUGACGUACGUCGGCUGCGGGAUAUCCACUGUCGCUCUCUCUGCUGCCAUGAUCGUGUUCACCUGCUUCGGGAACACUAAGUCGGAUCGAAGCUUAAUCCAUAAGAACCUAUGCGCCUGUCUGCUCGUCGCCGAAGUAGUGUUUCUGGCCGGUAUCGAUAAAACACAGAAUAGAAUAUUCUGCGGGAUCAUCGCAGGGCUGUUGCACUAUUUCUUCUUGGCGGCCUUCGCUUGGAUGUUUCUAGAAGGGUUCCACCUGUACGCGAUGCUGGUCGAGGUGUUCGAGCCGGAGCACCCCCGCGCGCGCUGGUACUGCGCAUGCGCGUACCUGGCGCCGGCGCUGGUGGUGCUCGCGUCGGCGGCCGCGUACCCCGGCGGCUACGGCACCGCCCAGCACUGCUGGCUCUCCACCGACCGCAUGUUCAUCAUGAGCUUCGUCGGACCCGUCACCUUGGUUUUGUUGGCCAACUUGAUAUGUCUGAGCAUGGUCAUCUACAUGAUGUGCACUCACUCCACUGUGUCGCUGAAGGCCAAAGACGAUUCCAAGCUAUACAAGAUCAAGGUCUGGUUGAAGAGCUCCCUCGUUUUAGUGUUCUUGUUGGGCUUGACUUGGGCUUUCGGUCUUCUCUACCUAAACCAGCAGACAGUGAUCAUGGCUUAUGCGUUUACCAUCCUGAACUCUCUCCAAGGAUUGGUCAUCUUCAUAUUCCAUUGUCUCCAGAAUGACAAGUUCCGCAACGAAUGCGCUCGUCUGAGUCGUCGCCACCGCUGGCUCUCGUGCUGCUUGUACUGGACGGGGCAGCCCUCGGAGACUCUUCAGCACAACAACGGACCCUCGGGGUCCAGCUCGAACCACGUCGACACGCGCCAGGGCUCCGUCAAGAGCAGGAGGUACCACCAGGCCGCGCCGCCUGACGACGAAUUGGACCCCAGAGAUGUGACGAGCUACAACAUACAUCCGGAAACGAGAUGGAACGUACGCCCGACCGCGCCGAUAUACGUGCCAAACGACGACGCAAGAUCGAUCCGUGUGCCCACUCCGCAAAACAUCCCCCACAGUGCGUCGCACUCACAUAGCAUCGCGUCUAUGCAUAGCUACAGGGCGAUGGAAAUACCGAACGAUUAUCAAAAUCUGAGGUCGCGUUCGCCAUCUUGCUUUUCGAACAAAAUGGCGGCCUCGAUUGGCGCGAACGAAUGGGCGGGCAGCAAUGUCGGUGCCAGUGUAUGGAAGAACACUUCUUCUAAACACCACGUUGGGAACACUUCCACGCUACCGCAUCACGACACUCUCUCCAGGCAACUGGCGCCCCCAAAUCACCUCCACAGCCCUUACGAGUGCGAACCAGUGGCCCCUGGCUCACCGCGCCACAUGAAAGACGAAGAAAGCCCCCUCCAUCAUCAAGGAUACCAGACCACGCGGAGCUACAACCACGACUUCCGGAACCCGCACGUCUACAUGUCCCAGCACUCGCCGGGAAGUCAAGAGAUGAUUUUUCGGAAGCAUUACAAGGACGACCGCAGGAAACACCACCAUCACCACGGAAGCCAGAACAUGAACCACACGUAUUCGGAGAUAGCGUCCCAACAAGGCCGCAUGUACAGGCGCGGAUCCGAACAGGAGUUCCGCGUGAUCCAGGACGACCCGGUUUACGAGGAGAUAGAGAGAAACGAAACGAUGAUGUCAGACGUGUCCGACGACAACUCCGGACCGGACUGCAGACAGAAUGUAGGUCACCACGGCUCAUCUAGCUCCAAGUUUUUUGGGGACCACCGACCGCUGAUAUCGUACAGCCCAGGCGAGAGGCACCACCACGACCCGGAGCAUUACGGGAAGUACGGUAAAUGGGACACGUUAGAGCGCUACGAUCCGAGGCAUUACGAAAGCGGUCGGCUGAUGCACCAAUACCACCAGCCUCAAGAGAACAUGAGGGCGCUUGCGGCCGUCCUCAACGGGGAGAACAACGUCGUCUGCCAUUUGGAGCCUCACAAUUCUUACGACGUGUACCAGCCUCAGAGCGGCAACCCCAGGACUGUAUCCCAGCCCAGUUUCUGAACAGUGCAUAUGUGAUUGUGAGACUUCUCAGUGAAAGCAUUAGGUACUUUUUAAAGACUUCGUUCUGGCUUAUACGGGUGGAAGAAGCGGCCGUCGCUGACGUCACUCGUCUGAGUCCAAAGCACGAAUCGGACUGUACAGAAUAUAGUGAAAUGAAUUUUUCUAUGGAGUUAGAUUUAGUGUCAUAUAGCAACACGAUAAGUGAUAGAGUUUACGUAGAGAACUUGCCAUAAACAUGGACUUCAAAUAUAUUUAUAGUAACGUAAAUUAAAAAAAAAAAAUCACUUUUCCACUGUGAUCCUAUUUAAAUGUAUGUAAAGCUCAAGUUUCAGUGUUGCGACCAUUUUGUUUUUUGUUUUUUUUUUUUAUAUAUAUGUAAUAAAUGGAUUUAGCAAUGUGUACAGUUAGUGUAGAGUAAGUAUGUUUAGUACUUCCAGCGUGUCCUUACUACUGUUACUUACUACCUUUAUUAUCAUGGCAUUUUAAUGGCAUUUUUGAUGUAGAUAAGAGAACUGUGAUCCUUUUUAUAAUUUUACUGUCUUAAAGCUUUUUUAAAAUAAAUAAUAGCUAAAAUUCCAAUAAUAAUUAAGAUUUAUCUUGUAAAGAAACUAAAAUGCUGUGUAAGACGGAAUGAUACCUCAAAAUCAUGAUUGUUGUUUGUUACCUAUUUGGCAAACUUCGCUUGAAAAACAUAACCGAGAUAAAUCUUGUGACGUUGGGGGGCUCGGGAGGGGCGUUGGGAACCGACGCACACGAUAUAUGCAACAUAAGAUACAUCUCACGGUUAUAAAAAGCUUAACAUAAAUAAAUCUGACUCGAAUAUUACGUACAUGCACGAAUUGACUCUUAAAAGAUCAGGAUCUAUUCAGUGUUCCAUGCUGACUAGUUUUGAAUUCAUUCUUAUGUAUAACUCAGAAAUAGUUUUCCUAUAAAUCCAUAUAUUUCUGUUUAGUGUCCCUUGUCGCUAUCCAGGACUAUAUGCAAGAAACCAUGUCAAUAGCCUUACGGGAGAAGGAUUCAAUCCAGUUUGUAUCAUCAUCGGAAAAUUCUAAAAUAUCCUGAUAUCGCUUCAUAAAAGUCUACAGUAUCGACAGCCCGCUCAUUACGUAUGUACUCUCAAUAAAUACACAAGGUCUGUAAUAUAUUUGUCACAAAAACAACAUUUUGCGGGUAAUUAAUUAAUUUAAAAAAAUUAAUAAGUUAAUAUAUUAUUUUUCGCGAACAAUCAUCACUGCCACGAAAAUGUAACGGUUAGUAGCAGUUUUUUUUUAUAUAUAUAUUUAAUUCUUUUGACAGCUCUUUAUUUAUUUUCCCUUUGAAUGGUAUUUAACAUAAGUCCAUCCAAACUUAUAUAGACUGACACCAUUUGAUGUUGUGCACUUUCCUGUAUAUUAGAAGUUAGUGUUUACUAAAACUAUUACGUCUUAAUCAAAGUAAAGUAUCGAAAGGAAAAAAAUGUUAUGUAAAAUGUAUACAUAGUUAAUAGUAUUGUUGGCAGAAAAGUUAUUUCACUAAACAUUGUGUUACAACUUCGCGAAAUCGAAGGUAGCUUUCCUAAAUCGUGAUGUGUCAUAAAAACUCUGGGACUUAUAUAAGAAAUGAGACAGAAAAAAAAUGUUUUCCAAACGAGGCAAUGUGAUACAUUUAGGAACGGGUUAAAAAACUCCCACGAGCUUGGAUACGUGUAGUUUUAAAGGCUAAAAAAAACACACCUUAAAUGAAGGAACAUAAUUUUUUAUGUGAGAUUGAAGUCUCUAUCAUAGUUAUGUAUCAUUGUAUCCCUUCAACAGAUGACCUUCACGACAAAAAUAGGUAGAGUGAUUAUGGUUUCUGUCCGGGGUCACAGAGUGCUCUACAUUCAUCAAAAUUAUUUUCAUCACAAAGUUAACCACCUUAGCAUCUAUACUAAUAUAUGAAUCUACAGUGGUUUUUAC